AACUGAGGUGAAGUUUCGUCAUCCGGCGACUUACGUCUGUGUGAAAAUCAGGGCAUCGAACGUUCGCCAAGAGGAUGAAGAUCUUGAUCGGUUGGAAGGCGUGCUGCGCUCCGGUAUCGCAAAGAUGGGUAUUUGCGCUAAUGGGAUUUCUGGCAAUAACCAAUGCCUACGCGAUGAGGAUAUGCUUGUCAUUGGCCAUAACGGAAAUGGUGGUGAGCGAGGAUUCCGGCGACGAUACAACGGUCGACGAAACGCUUUGUCCUGCCGAUAACACGACGUCGACGUCAACCAGCAAUUCAGCCGGGACCUACGAUUGGGAUGAAUCACUGCAGGGUAUCAUCCUGUCGGCGUUCUUCUGGGGUUACAUAGUGACGCACAUCCCAGGUGGAAUGCUGGCGGACAAAUUCGGUGGUAAAUACACCUUGGGUUUGGGCAUCCUGUCCACGGGAAUCUUCACCCUCUUAACACCCCUAGCUGUGGAAUGGGGUGGUUCGACGGCUCUGAUAGUCCUGCGCUUCCUCAUGGGCCUCGGCGAAGGCACGACCUUUCCGGCACUGAACGCGAUGCUGGCGCACUGGAGUCCGCCGACGGAGAGGUCGAGGAUCGGUUCGCUCGUCUUCGCCGGGGCUCAGAUUGGAACGGUGUUCGCCAACGCGGUGUCGGGGAACCUGCUCCACUACUCGCCUAUCGGCUGGCCAUCCGUUUUCUAUCUUUUCGGGGCGAUCGGGGUUCUCUGGUUCCUGGUCUUCGUCCUGGUCUGCUUUAACACACCGGACCAGCACCCGUACAUAUCGGAUAAGGAGAAGAACUUCCUUACCGACUCGACCAGCGAACACACUCACAAAAAAAUCCCACCGCCCCCCUGGAGGCACAUUCUCAAGUCCGUGCCCCUCUGGGCCCUUGUGGCAGCCCAGAUCGGGCAUGACUGGGGCCUCUUUACGAUGGUCACUGACCUCCCGCUCUACAUGAGCAACGUCCUCCACUUCUCCAUCAAGUCCAACGGCUACCUUUCAGCUCUGCCUUACGUCGCCAUGUGGCUGGCCAGCUUGGCCUGCUCACCGGUCGCCGACUGGCUUAUAAACAGUGGUAGAAUGUCGAGGACCAACGUCAGGAAGCUCUUCACCACCACAGGGUCGAUGGGUCCGGCGAUAUUCAUCAUCGCUGCCUCCUACGCCGGGUGUGAUCGCGUUUUGGUCGUCACUCUGUUCACCAUAGGAAUGGGAUUCAUGGGUUCCUACUACCCGGGAAUGAAGGUCAACUCGCUCGACCUGACGCCCAACUACUCGGGAACCAUAAUGGCUAUAGUCAACGGGAUCGGCGCGAUUUCUGGUAUCAUAACGCCGUAUCUAGUCGGGGUUUUGACGCCGAACGAGACGGUCGCUGAGUGGAGACUCGUUUUCUGGAUCGUAUUCGCCGUGUUCACCCUCACCAACAUCAUAUACCUUAUCUACGCAAGCGGUGAGGUACAGUAUUGGAACGACCCCAACUUCCUGAUACGGGAACAAGAGGAACGAAAGAAUAAGGCGGCCGGUGAGAAGAAGGAGAAGUCGAAGAAAGAAGUUACGUGACCGGCCUCGAUCUCGCACCUUCGCAGUCCUCUUCGUCAUUUCGAAAGCUAGUCAUGAUACCUGGUCAAGAACUGAUUGCACCACAUUCCACUAUAUAAUCCUCAUUCGAUUUCAUCUGUGUAUAGACAUCCACACGUAUGGUUGUUCAGAAUUCGUAACAAUUCAUCCUUGGUUGUUUUUGUAAGAAG